AUGUCUUUAAGAAUUAUACUUAGCUUAGUAUUCUUAAGUGUUAUUAAGAGUCUAUAAAGUAAAAAUAGAUGUGAUUGUGAAAUGUUUAGCAAUUAAACUGAAUGUGACAACGUACCAUAUUGUUCUUGGAGUAAUUAAACUUGUGGUUUAAAGAAUUGUGGUAAUAUAAUUCUUGAAAGAUGUGAAACGUUCUUCAGAUGUUCUAUUAACCCAGAUGGAAUAUGUGAAUCUACUGGAGAUUGUUCAACAUAUACAGCCCUCACUUAAAUAGAUUGUAUGUUUAAGCGAGGCAAUUGUGCAGCUGAAGCUACUUAAACAAAUGGUGUAUAUAAAUGUAAAUCCUAUAAUCCAGUUACCUGUGCUUCAUAAACUUCAGAAAAUUGUAAAAAUAGUUUUGAAAAUGAGAAUUCCUUUUGCUGGCUUAAUUAGUAAGGAAAAUGUUAAAGUUAUGACCCAAACACUUGUUCUUAAAUUCCUCUUGAAAUUUGUUCCAAUUUAGGAUGUGAUGCUUCAGGUUCUGAAUGUAAGGCAUUCACUUGUGAUACUAAUUUAACUGUGAAUACUUGUAUUCUUGCAAGUGAUGGAUAUUUUGGACCAAAAACACUUUGUAAAUGGAACACAGCCAUAUAAAAGUGUGAAGAAAGAUCAGAUAUCAAGGAAUUAACAUAAAAUUAAUGUUCACUAUUAACAGAUGGUGGUUAUUAUUGGUUAGAUGGUUAAUGUACAGUUUGCCCAACUGAUGAUGAUACAAGUAAAGCGAUUUUAUUGUAUUCAUUGUUCAUUAUCCAUCUAUUAAUGUAAUGA